CGCGCGCUCAAAACCAGCCGCUACGGCCUUUUGGUCACUCUAGAAUUCACUAUUUCACCGCUGGCGCACAGCUGUCGAUCGCUGUGGCACCAGCGUUGCAAGCCGGUAACACACCACUGCACACCACUCAAAAUGGCGCGCGGCGCAAGCACCAACCGCGCCAUACCGGAAGACGUCAUGGCUAAAGCCUUGUCAUACCUCUCGCUGCCGGACGGCUGGCAGGCCGCUAGCGCUUGUAAGACGUACCGCGCGUGUUGGCGGCGCCGCUGCCGUGGGAUGCUCCGCGUCGCGCGAGAGCGCAUUGGCAGAUUUUCCUACAUCGAUCACCUCACCGCUCUGUCUGGCGGCGAUGGCAUUAUCGUGCCACAUUAUGGAGAGCAUCGUCUGGAAAUAUACUCGCCAGAGGUCGUGCACCGAGGCACCUGUGCCGGAAGACAAUUUCGUCAUGUAGAGGACGGUGAGUCUUGGACUUCAGACACUUUACAGACGCCCUCUGCGGUGGCCCUCCGCGGCGACGGCACCGCAUGGGUGAUCCUGAAAGAUGAGGGGGAGGUCGCUUGUGUGAGGCUGGGGGCGGUGAUCAGCGAGCAUAUCAUGCUGAUUGAGACGGACUGCUUCAUGCCUGUGGACCUCGCUCUUGCUGGAGACAGGCUGCUCGUUCUGUCUUGUGAAUACCCCAGCCUCGGGCGCGUCUACGUGCUCGAUAAUCAGACGGGUGCCCAGCUUUCCACCUUUGGUUCGACCGGCGAGUCGUGGCGCGAUGAGCUGCGCGGUCCUAGUUGUCUGGCGGUUCACGAGCAGUAUUGCUUCAUAGCCGAUACUCACAAUCAGGCUGUUAAGGUGUUCGACUGGCGCGAGGGUACGCUCGUUAGGGUCUUCGGCAAACGCCAAGAUGAUCCAUGGGAUGUCAAGACUCUCAUGACAGACGCAUUUAUGACCCCUGAGCCGGUUAGCUACCAUGAAUUUCGUGAUGACUAUUAUGAUCUCCGCAAAGGAGACGGCCCCGGUGAAUUCAAUCUGCCCCUUGGCGUUGCAGUGCGAGAUGGAAAACUAUAUGUCUCGGAGCUGGAAGGCCGUAGAAUCCAAGUGUUUCGUCUGCCCGAUGAUAUGCACGGCUCGGAUCUGGAAUUACUGCAGAUUAUCCCUUCCCCAGACGGCUGGCCACUGAGUGGUCUUUGCGUGGACGACGCCGGCCGGUUGUGGUGCGUGGGCCCCGGGGUGUCGUAUACCGGCGGAUACACGCAUGAACAUCCUGGACAUAAUGCCGAUUAUGUGUUCGAUGACGGUCCUAGCACCGUAACAUCUGCGCGACUGGAGAAAAAGCUCUACCGACAUAUCUCCUGUUACCUGCACAUCUUCGAGCCCGUGUUUAAGUGA